UUUUGUGUUUCCCAGCUCCAGGGAGAAAAGCCAUCGGGGUUUCGGUACCUGCUCGUUCUCCCCCACUCCCCGCCCUCUCCUUCGGGUCGGGGUCCAGCUCGUCCUCGAGAUCCCCUCCCUCCGGAGCCCGGGCCCACGGCGCGGCGCCCUCGGAGGCCGACACCUGCCCGCGCGCGGCGCCGUCUCCCCGCGUCCAGCUCCUCCCUCGCCGCCUUCCCGCCUGCCGGGCCUCGAACUCGGGAUCGCCGCGCUCCGGCAUCAUGAAGUUCCAGUACAAAGAGGAUCAUCCCUUCGAGUAUCGGAAAAAGGAAGGAGAAAAGAUCCGGAAGAAGUACCCGGACCGGGUUCCGGUCAUCGUGGAGAAGGCUCCCAAAGCCAGGGUGCCUGAUCUGGACAAGAGGAAGUACCUGGUGCCCUCUGACCUCACAGUUGGCCAGUUCUACUUCUUAAUCCGGAAGAGGAUCCACCUCAGACCCGAGGACGCCUUAUUCUUCUUUGUCAACAACACCAUCCCUCCCACGAGUGCCACCAUGGGCCAGCUCUAUGAGGACAACCAUGAGGAGGACUAUUUUCUGUACGUGGCCUACAGCGACGAGAGUGUCUACGGGAAAUGAGUGGAGGAGAGCCCAGCAUUGGGGAGCACCUGGACUUGGGGUAGGGGAGGGGUGCGAGUGGGACUUGGGGAAACAGAGGGAGGGCUCCCAGCACGGAAGGGCCAGAAGGCGAAGACUUCGGAAAACAUCACCCCGCAUACUCUGUCGUCACAUUUCACCCGCUCAGUCAUUUCUUUCCUGCUGCUUCCUCAGCUCCCCCCAGAGAAUGUGCUCCGGUGGCAGAAUGGGCAUGACCUAACUGCCUGGCAUCGCAGAGAGAAUCAGUGCCAGGUUUUACCGGAGGGUUGGGAGGUAGGCACACGGACGCUAGAGAUGACUUUUUCACGUUUGCACAUUCAAGGUAGGGGCGGGGGGAAAGGGAUGUUUUAGGACUUUGUAGUGGACCAUUCCUAGGGACCAAAAGACACCCAGUGUCAUUGAAGCGUAGUGACCUCUCUUCUGCGUGUCCACCUCCUCCCUCCCCCUAGUUCUUUUUUCCCACACAGAUGUCAUCGCGCCACCCCCAGUGGCUGCCGUGGACAUCCGCGCAGAUGUUUAGAUGGAGCACUCUUACUUCUGGAAAAAGAAGAGUUGCUCAGGAAGGUGGCUGUGGUCACCAGGGCUUUGGGUAGCGCUAAACUGGAGCUGACCAUUGAGCAUCUCUGUCUGUCCCCAAAGUCCUUGGAAUUUCACGGGCCUGGGCACCUGCAGUGGCAUGCCCCAGGCAGCAUUUGCCAUCAGAAUCCUCAUGUGCAGGGACAGCGUCUGUGUGGAGGGGCCGGCUUCUGAGGUCAGGUAGGUCGCCACACCUGCCACUCAUCCAGAAGCCUGCCCCACUUUCUGCUCCCCUUAAUCUCACGCUCGCAGGAGCGUGACAUAUGGCCAGCUGUUCCCCUCCUCCCGUUUUCAUCCCCCGUGUCUACUAGCUAGGAAAGACGGAGGAGGAGUGGCUUUGAGUAAUUCCUGGGUAUCUCGGUGGUUUCUUUUCACGGAGGUGGAGGGUGGGGUUGGGGAAGCAGGAAUUGCACUCAGAUCUGACAUUUCAGUUGCUAAUGCAAAGGAGCCUUCCUGUUGGGGGUGACUGGCGUGUUCUGUCAGCUGCAGGUUCUUGUAUCCUGAGGUCGGUGCUGUCAGGAAAUAAAAUAAUUGCUUACUUAAGAAACCA